AUGGCCCUCCUCCAGUCCACUCUGAUCUGGAUUGUCUAUGCAAUCGUUAUUGGCAUUCUCAUCGUUGUCGCUUCGACUUUUGUAUAUGUCUACCAGACUCCGCGCGACCGUUCAGCAGCCGUGACAACCGUCUGUAUAUUCACCCUUAUAGCUUUAUUAGCCACAGUUUUGUUGUUGCCUGUGGACGUUGCUCUGGUAUCGUCAACGACUUCUUCCAAAACUGGUCAAAGGAAAGAAUGGGCAUCGCAACGAGAAGUCGACAAAAUUACAUCUUCGCUGACCGUGGUUUAUUAUUUUCUCUACACCCUUGACGCCGUCUUGUGCCUUUUAAUCGUGCCAUUCACAUACUUUUGGUAUGAAGAGUACGACGAGAUAGCACAUGAAGAGGGCUGGCAGACCACUGGCAAGCAAUUCUGGGGUGCUUUUAAAUAUACCCUGGUAUUUAUAUUAUUAACGAUCAUCUUAUUUCUGGUUGGAUUCUUCGUGCCUGUGGCAAAGGAUCGAAAAGGUGCUCAUUUCGACUUGGAUUACUUCAAAAAGCUUCUCACGGAGAACCAUGGUGAGCGGGCUCUGACCUUUGCGCUUGGUCUGUUGAUCGUGGUAGGCAUCAUCACCUAUGUGAUCUAUUCAUCAACAGGCCUUGCCUUUUUCCCGGUAUCAUUCAUCAAAUCUUCCCCAUCGAUCUCCAGCCCCGCGCUCAGUGCUAGCCUGGAUUCUCGGUUAGACGAAAAUAAUGAACGCCAGCGCCAGCUUGAAGGUCGCUGUGGCGGCAACCCGGAGCAUCUCUCGCCCAAGGAUCGAAGGGAGCUCGACUCAUUGGUUCGAGAAGAACGAACUUUACGUCGCCGUAAGCGCCUCGCAGAGGCGUCUCGUGGGCAGGGAAAGAGCCGAAUUAUUCGGAUGUGGUAUAAACUCUGCGCCGUCUUUCGGCCUGUAAAGCUUCUUGGGGGACUACUUCUCUUGGCCUUUUCCAUUGUGAUCUGGGUGUCGAUGCUACUUACGUGUAUCGACAAGGCUAAGAAUUCCGUCUGCAAACAGAAAUGCGGCUAUAUCUUGGGACGAAUCAACAUCAUCAACCCGAUCAAUUGGGCUCUUGUGAAAUCUGCAAGUGUCUUCCCGACUGACUACAUUAUUUUCAUUGUCUUGGCACUCUACCUGUUUAUCAGCUCCGUUGUGGGUAUCUCCGCCGUCGGAAUCCGGUUCUUAUGGGUCAGAAUAUUCCGAAUCAGAAAAGGGCAUACUUCGCCUCAAGCCCUUCUUCUCGCGACUGUGAUCCUUGCGCUCAUCACCCUUGCUCUCAACUACUCGAUUUCAAUGAUCGUCGUCCCGCAGUAUGCUACAUAUGGCCCACAAACCUACUGUGAUCCUCCGUCCGUUAUGAACACCGUGGCACUGGAUUGCGAAAAACACAAAGAAUAUCUUAAACCGUGCUCUGAACUUGCAAGCAGUCACGCAGCCAAGGCUGUUUGUACUCCAAGUGUCGCCAGUACCUUUCUCAACCGUAUCACUAUUAAUUUCCCGUUCUUCGGUAUGGUCGACUUUUGGGCUCAGUUCUUCUUCCUAGGGCUUUCUUUGGUUAUAUUUAUAACUUCUCUCUUCCGUGCCCCGAGACUUGAUGAGCAGUUAAUCGACGAAGACGCCGAGGAGGCAGAGGAAGAAGGACUCCUUGCUGCUACGGGAAGGCGGUUCGGGGCAACCUGGCAGGACAUUACUGGACGCGUUUAUGAUCAACCGGAAAGGCAUUCCGGUUCAGCUGGUCGUCGCGUUCGCAUUGACGAAGAAUAG